GAAGCUGGACGAUCAAACUGGAUCUCUGAUCAUCACAAACACCAGAACUGAACACACUGGACUCUAUAAACUACUGACUAACAGUGUGCGUGAGAGAUUCAGUCUCACUGUCCAUGGUGAGUUAUCAGUGCUGCAGGGAGGUGGUUGGGAAUCACUGAUUUAGACAAUGGUCCAGUUGUUCAAGACUGUCAGUUUCGGAGCCAUUUAUUUGCCAUAUUUGAAGGUUAUUUUUCUUGAGAUGUGCACCCUCUGCAGGACAGGAGAAGCUUAAAGGCUGGAGUGUGGCCUGCUGGGAGCACAUGAGGUGCUUUUCAAUACUCAGACUGAUGCUUCCUCAUUUCCUCGCUCUUCUGUCCUCCAGCCUGUGACCCAGAAACAGAUCAAACUCAGCCAUCUUAAACUCUAAUCACACCUUGAGUAUGUAAGGAAGUGAGGAAUGAGGAAGCUUCCUGAGGAAUCAUGAGCGAGGAUACACAGGUGUAUAAGAGGGUGGUGCUAAGAUGCAAGGAAAAGGAAACUUGGAUGCAGAAAUAAGAAAUGAGAAGCACCCAAUGUCUUUAGACCAUGCCUUCUGUUUUUAAUCAACUAAAGUUUACAUUACAUUUUUUAAUGAGUUUAUUUUCUUUUUUUAUGUAUUCAAGGCUAUAAUAAACAACAAAAAAUGCACGUGCAACCUGUACCAUGGAUUCUUGAGACAAAGGAAGCAUAUAUUUUAUGAGCAUUGACCUCUGUUUGUAUUGAGACAUGCUGACUAAUCGACUAGUAUUGCAAUAAACUAUUUAUUCUGAUUUAUUCUUACUUGUCUCAUGUCUUUCAGCUUCUCUGCCUGCUCCGGACAUCAGCAGUAACGCUUCAUCAUCAUCAUCCUCAUGUGAACAUCUUAACAUCACUGAACUCUGUCAGUCACAUGCAGGUGUGUUUGCUGAUACAGAUGCAGUGGAGUCAGUGUCAGUGCUGGAGGGAGAUUCAGUCGCUCUAGACUCUGGUUUUACUGAAAUGAUGGAUGAUGAUCUGAUUCUGUGGAGGUUUGGAGCUGAAAACACUUUAAUAGCUCAAAUCAGUGUAAUGGCCGACAGCAUCACUGUAUAUGAUGAUGUUCUUGAUGAGAGAUUCAGAGACAGACUGAAGCUGGACAAUCAAACUGGAUCUCUGAUCAUCACAAACACCAGAACUGAACACACUGGACUCUAUAAACUACUGACCAACAGUGUGAGCAAGAGCUUCAGUCUCACUGUCUAUGCUCGUCUGCCUGUUCCUGUCAUCAGCAGUAACUCUUCACAAUGUUCUUCAUCAUCAUCAUCAUCAUCAUCAUCAUAUUGUUCAUUGUUGUGUUCAGUGGUGAAUGUGGGUCAUGUGACUCUCUCCUGGUACAAAGGAAACAGUUUAUUGUCCAGCAUCAGUGUGUCUGAUCUCAGCAUCAGUCUCUCUCUACCUCUGGAGGUGGAAUAUCAGGAUAAAAACACCUACAGCUGUGUGCUCAACAAUCCCAUCAGCAACCAGACCAGACACCUGGACAUCAGUCAACUCUGUCACACAUGUUCAGAAGUUCACGUCAGUUGUUGUGCUACUGCUGAAGCUGUGAUCCGAUUGGUCGUCACUGCUCUGAUGGGCGUGGCUGCUGCAGCUGCUGCUGUUCUUCUGGUCAAUGACAUCAGAUCUACAAGAGCUUGAAAGAAAACAGAACAGAUCAAAGAUAUUAUGACAUAUACUGUGAUAUAUACAAUUGUUUAGUGAUUUCAAAACGAAGCUUUGCUCUCCAUCAAGUGAACGUCGCUUUAUUGUUCAUCCCAAAGAGGCACAAAAUCACUUUCACAGACUUUUAAAUUAAAUGUUCCCUCCUGGUGGAACGACCUGCCCAACUCAAUCAGAGCAGCUGAGUCCUUAGCCAUCUUCAAGAAUCGGCUAAAAACACUCUUCCAUCUUUAUUUGACCCUCUAAUUCUAGCACUGUCUAUUCUAAUUCUAUUUUUAUUAAAAAAAAAAAAAAAAAAAAAAAACCUUGACCCUCUAUCACUUGCACUGUCUAUUCAUUUUCUAACUGCUUGUUUAAAAAACAAACAAACAAACAAAAUCUCUAACACUAGUUUUCUGUAUUCUUUUUUUAUUCUAUCUUUUUUAUUCUAUCUGUUUUCUAACCGAGACUUGUCAUAGCAAUUGCAUGUUGUUGCUCUUUUGUUGGUUUUGAUUGCUUCUAUUGUCCUCUUUUGUAAGUUGCUUUGGAUAAAUGCAUCUGCUAAAUGACUAAAUGUAAAUGUAAAUUUUCUUUAAUAUUUCAUUUUUAAAAUGCCAUCCAUUUUACAUUUAUUGGUUUUCAUUUUCCCCCUUAAUGUUGCUAUUUUUUUUAUUUAGUUACAUUACUAUAUCCAGCAACCCCACAAAUACAAAAGUAAAAAUACUUGUCAUGAUUUUUAACGAAAACUGAAUAUUACAUACUGAAAAGAUGAAAGAUCUACGAAUCAUUAUAUAUAUAUAUAUAUAUAUAUAUACAUACAUAUAUACAGGGUGUCAUAAUAAAAACAUAAAACAGCAUUAAACAGCAUAUUUUAAAAACCACAUAGACAAUGUAAAUGGCAAUAUUUCAUAUACCUGUAAAUUUAGAAGAUUUUAGAAAGAUUAGUUUAAUAAUCUAUAUUAAUAGAAAAUGUGUAUAUAAUGUGAGUGCUUCUUGCAUCAUUGGAAGAAGAAAAACAAAACAAAAAACAGAUCAGAUAGAAAUACUGAUUGUUAUUGUUAAUCUAUAAUAAUGAUUUACAUUUAUGCAUUUUCAGAUGCCUUCAUCCAAAGCGAAUAUACGCCGGGGCCAUCUGGUGGUCAAAACGUGGAAUAUUAAUUAAUAUUUCAUUUAAUCCGUUUUAUUUAUAUAUAUAUAUAUAUAUAUAUAUAUAUAUAUAUAUAUAUAUAUAUAUAUAUAUAUAUAUA